AGAUGACUGACCCUUCACACAUUAAAAUUAAUUCUAAUGAAUACAUAAUAAAAGCAGUUCUUGGAUAAGGCUCAUUUGGUAAAGUUUUUAAGGCAGAGUAAUUCAAUUCAAAAAAAUUAUUUGCCAUUAAAGUUUAAAAGCAAAUCAAUGAAUGUGAGAAGAUGUUAAUAUUAGAAUUUAAAGAAAAGACUUUCAAGAAUCUUGUGAAUAUUUAUGAUUAUGAAGAAAAAAACAAUCUAAUUUAUAUAGUGAUGGAAUAUUGUUCUCACUCCCUUUAUGAAUAAAUUCAAAAAAAAACAAUUAAUCCAAAAGAUGUAAGAUAUGUUUUAAAAUAAAUUGUAAAUGGCUUAAAUGAGCUUCACUCGUUAGGUUUAGCUCAUAGAGAUCUCAAACCAGAAAAUAUACUCAUAUGUCAACUCUAGGAUCGUGGUCACAUGCAAGAAACGUAUAAAUUAUGUGACUUUGGCACCUCUAAAUAAUCUGAAAAAUUAACAACAGCAUGUGUUGGUACUCCUUAUUAUAUAGCUCCAGAAUAAUUAUAAUAAUAGGAGUAUGAUAAAAGUGUUGAUAUAUGGGCUUUAGGGGCUGUUAUGUAUGAAUUAUUUACAAAUACCCCUCUUUUUCCAGGUAUCCUUAUAUAUUUAUUUAUUAUUAAGGUACGACAAUAAGUCAAAUUUAUGAUAAAAUUUAAAAUCUUGAUAUAAAUGCAAAAAUUGAUAAUCUUCAGGAUCUUGAUAUUAAGUAUAAGCAAUUACUAAAGAGAAUGCUAAACAAAAACCCAAAAGGGAGAAUUAGUAUAGAAUAAAUACGAUCGAUAAUAGAAGAACGAGUUUCCCUGAGUGUUGAAAGAAAACCUUAAAAUAAUCCAGCUAAUAGCUAAUUAAAAGAGCUAAAAUAAUUAAAUCUAAUCCAGCCAACUAAAAUCUCAAGCUAAAUUAAUGGUUCAAAGCCUCCAAUUAACUUUAAUAUCCCGCUAAAGUAGCCAUCUUAAAUUUAGUUUCAAAAUAAUAUUUAACCUCCUAUGAAGUCUCUAAAUUAAUAAAAUUACAAUUUCAGCCAAAUUAAUUAAUCAAACAAAUAGAAUAUUAAUUAAUCCCGAAAUCAAAUUGAAUUUUAAGGCUAAUAACGUAGGUCUGCACCAGAAUUAGUUUAAAACAUUUCUAAUAUAGGAAAAUGA